CCCUAGCGGUCAUCACUGAUUAACGUGCCGAGGACCUGGGAACUCUCGCCACCGUCAGGAAGUUAACAGGCUGACAGGCUGUCCCUUCCACGGUUGGGGUUUCCUGUUUGAAAAGAGUUUGGGAAGUCAAACCUGCUUCCAGCCCCUACCCAGCUUGCUUUCUUAUGUAAAGAAGGAACCCCGCUUUGAAAAGUAGACUUUGGAAAGUAGACUUGCCCGGGGCUGGAAAUUCUCUUGGCUUGCCCUGCCCGCUUCCCUAGAAGUCUUCCUUCUGCAGCUCAGAAGGAUCUUUCUGAGUGCUAGAUGCACAGCUAGUCGCAGCCAGAGGCAGCAGGGAGUGAAACUAGGGGGAGAAGCAAACAGAUGUGGAAUCCUUGCAGUAUUCCAACAAGAUUAUGGCAGAGCAUAGCCACAUACAAAAACAACUGGAUUUACAAAACGGUAGCUUAGAGGCAAGCUUGGUGACAAAUCCCCUCGAGAACGAUUCCCAAAACAUAAUGGAGAGUCUAAGUCCGAAGAAAUAUUCUUCCAGUCUGAGAUUUAGAGCCAAUGGAGACUAUUCUGGCUCUUAUUUAACCCUCUCACAAUCUGUACCUGCUAAGAGAAGCCCUUCUCCUCUGGGAACCAGUGUCAGAAGUAGCCCCUCCUUGGCCAAAAUACAGGGAAGCAAGCAGUUCUCUUGUGAUGGAAUUGACAAGAAUAUUUCCAUGAAAUCUCCCGCUCCUUUGCUUGGCACUUCACAGUCCCUCAGCGGAUAUUCCGUCGGGAGAGUGGACUUUGAUCAUUAUGCUGGCCGGGACAGUGACAGGUCCUUGAGACUCUCAGAGAAGCCACCCUAUUCCAAAUAUAGCACAAGGAAUAAGUCACAUGACAAUGUCUACUUUCUCGGAGGGCUGGAAGGCCGCAAGGUGUCCGGCUCGCUCCUGGCCAUGUGGAAUGGAAGUUCCCUGAGUGACACUGGCUCCUCUCCCAUCAGCAGAUCUGGAGCGGCCAGCAUGCCUUCCAGCCCAAAGCAAGCCAGGAAAAUGAGCAUCCAGGACAACCUGGCACUUCAGCACAAGUUGGCAAGACACAGGGAGCCAGCGUCUGAAAACGUCAGCUUAAGAACUAGGAAGUACUCAGGCAGCAGCCUGAGUCACAUGGGUGCCUAUAGCCGAUCCCUCCCCAGGCUGUACCGGGCCAAUGAGAACCAGCUGACACCUCUCAGUUUGCCCCCGAGAAACUCUCUGGGCAAUUCCAAGCGGAUGAAACUGGGAGAAAAGGAUCUACCUCAUAGCAUUAUAGACAAUGACAAUUACCUGAACUUUUCUUCUUUCAGCUCAGGGGCUUUACCCUACAAAACCUCUGUGUCUGAGGGAAAUCCUUAUGUGAGUUCCACCCUCAGCGUCCCUGCAAGUCCCCGAGUGGCUCGAAAGAUGCUCCUGGCCUCCACCUCCUCCUGUGCCUCUGAUGACCUUGACAGGGCUUCCUACUCUGGGACUAGUCCAGUUCCUCUGUUUCCUUCUGGAGAAUCAGACAGAGUAUUUGGCACCAGGAGAAACUUCUCUUGUGGAUCUGUCGAGUUGGAUGAUGCAGAUUUGGAGAGCCUCAGGCAGGCCUCGGGAACCCCGCAGCCUAUUCUUCGGGAACGGAAAAGCAGCAUCAGCUCCAUUUCAGGACAGGACGACCUGAUGGAUUAUCACCGCCGUCAGAGGGAAGAGAGACUCAGGGAGCAGGAGAUGGAACGAUUGGAGAGACAGCGUCUGGAGACCAUCCUCAGUCUCUGUGCUGAAUACACAAGGCCUGACAGUCGCCUGUCCACUGGCACCACUGUGGCAGAUGUGCAGAAAAUCAACAAGAAGCUUGAGAAGCUGCAACUCUCUGAUGAGGAGUCUGUGUUUGAAGAAGCCCUGGUGAGCCCUGAUGUCAGAUACAGGUGCCACCGGGAGAGCUCUCUCCACGAUUUGGACAUGUCAGCAUUUGGGAGCCUGGGUCAGACCAGUGCCAGCUUCCUUUCCCCCAGGAGCAUCAGAAACGAUGAACUAUUCAGGGACCUCACCAGAACUCCCCCACCACCUUCCUCUGCCUUUCUGAAAGCCUCCAGCGAGUCCACUUACCUAAGUAUUCUACCAAAGACCCCAGAGAGUGUAAGUGAAGAACAAAGGACUCGGGAGUUGGCUGCAAUGGAAGAGACCCGGUUAGCAAUUCUGAACAACCUCAAGGAACUUGAACAAAAAAUCAAAGACAUAAAUGACCAGAUGGAUGAAUCUUCCAGAGAGUCGGAUAUGGAAUAUGCUCUUUUGGAUGGAGAACAGAAAUCUGAAACAACUGAACUUAUGAGAGAGAAGGAGAGUUUGGAUCAGCUAAAACGGAAAAUAACAAAACUGGAAAAGACCAUCGUAGGUGAAAAGACCAAGGAGAAGGUAAAGCUUGAUGCUGAAAGGGAAAAACUAGAGAGGCUUCAGGAGCUUUACUCCGAGCAGAAGACCCAGCUGGACAAUUGUCCUGAGUCCAUGAGGGAACAGUUACAAGAACAACUGAAGAGGGAUGCGGACUUGCUGGAUGUUGAGAAAAAACACUUUGAAGAUCUGGAAUUCCAGCAACUUGAGCAUGAGAGCCGGCUAGAAGAGGAAAAGGAGAACCUCCUGCGUGAAGUGGCUGAAUAUCAACAGAACAUCGACACUAGAAAGGAAAAAAUUUCUGCUUUGAAAAAACAAGCCAAUCACAUUGUCCAGCAGGCACAAAGAGAACAAGAUCAUUUUGUGAAAGAAAAGAAUAAUUUAAUAAUGAUGUUGCAAAGAGAAAAGGAGAAUCUUUGUAAUUUGGAAAAGAAAUACUCCAGUCUCUCUGGAGGGAAAGGGUUUCCUGUCAACCCCAAUACUCUAAAAGAGGGCUAUAUCAGUGUAAAUGAAAUUAAUGAGCCAUGUGGCAAUUCCACGAAUCUAUCCCCUUCCACUCAGUUCCCUGCUGAUGCUGACGCUGUUGCCACUGGGCCUGCCACAGCUGUGCUGAUGAGCCAGCCACAAAAUAAAGAGCACUUUAGAAGUCUGGAAGAAAGGAAAAAACAGCAUAAAGAAGGCCUCUAUCUGAGUGACACUUUGCCUCGAAAGAAAACCACAUCUUCCAUAUCCCCACAUUUCAGCAGUGCUACCAUGGGGAGAAGCACCACCCCAAAGGCUCACCUGCCCCUGGGACAGAGCAACAGCUGUGGCAGCGUGCUCCCUCCCUCGCUGGCAACCAUGACCAAAGACUCAGAAUCUCGGCGAAUGCUCAGAGGAAGAAUGAAUUUCUCCACAGGGUAUAAUCACCAACAGAUGAGUGAAAGACAAAGGCAGAAAUCUUCUGAGUUUUACAACCGCACUGCAUCUGAAUCAAAUGUCUACCUGAAUAGUUUCCACUACCCCGAUCAUAGCUAUAAAGAUCAGGCCUUUGAUACUUUGAGCCUUGACAGCUCAGAUAGCAUGGAGACCAGCAUUUCUGCUUGCUCACCUGACAAUAUCUCUAGUGCCAGCACUUCAAAUAUUUCAAGAAUAGAAGAAAUGGAGAGACUUUUGAAGCAGGCUCAUGCAGAGAAGACACGGCUGCUUGAAUCCAGGGAACGGGAAAUGGAAGCCAAAAAACGAGCUCUCGAAGAAGAAAAACGACGCCGAGAACUCCUGGAAAAACAAUUGCAGGAAGAAACUAGCCAGAGGCAGAAAUUAAUUGAAAAAGAAGUAAAAAUAAGGGAGAAACAAAGGGCACAGGCCCGCCCCCUUACGCGCUACCUGCCGGUCCGGAAGGAAGACUUUGAUUUGCGGGGCCACGUGGAGACCGCCGGCCACAAUAUUGAUACCUGUUACCACGUAUCAAUCACAGAGAAGACCUGCCGCGGAUUCCUCAUCAAAAUGGGUGGAAAAAUUAAAACUUGGAAGAAACGUUGGUUUGUUUUUGAUCGGAAUAAGCGAACAUUCUCUUACUAUGCAGACAAGCAUGAAGCUAAAUUAAAAGGAGUAAUAUACUUUCAAGCCAUUGAAGAAGUAUAUUAUGAUCACCUCAAGAAUGCUAAUAAGAGUCCUAAUCCAUCACUUACCUUCAGCGUCAAGACACAUGAUAGAAUCUACUACAUGGUGGCACCAUCGCCAGAAGCCAUGCGGAUCUGGAUGGAUGUUAUAGUUACGGGGGCAGAAGGUUACACUCACUUCUUGUUGUAGUGAACUGGUGCGAUAGUCAACUUCAGGGCAGACUGCAAUAAAAUCCUUUCCAAGAAUAAAGCCAUAUUCAAUCCCAGAUGAAUAGACCCAACAGACCCAUCCCUUUAACUAUGUACUUAGAACUCCUUUCAGAUGAAGGUUAUAUCCAUGUGAAGUCAUUUGUAAAAGACAAAGAUGGUGUUUUAAUUCAAAGUUUGAUCAUAAAUAGCAGAAUAAUUGAAACACCUAUGAGAAAACACUAUUUUGAUAUAUAGCAUCACUUAUAGGACUAUUUCUUGUAAACUUUUUUAUCAAUUACUGAUUUUGGUGAAAUAAACAGUUUAUCAAAUGUCUGUAUGUACUUGGAAAUAUGAAGUUAUUUUAGCACACAAAUCAUUGGCAUUGACAUUAUUGGUAAUCAACUAACUUUUUAAAAAAGGAACAUUUUGCUGAUGGUUAUUAUAUAAAUAUAAGUAAAUAAGGGUUUGGAGGGGAACAUAAUUUAGUUUGCCAUGAUUUUUAAGUACUACACCAAAACCAAAGACUUGAAUUGACUUCUGUUUAAUAGUAGUAAUUUUAAGAGGUGAACUUCAGUUAGUAUUACUCUACAUUUUUUACAAUGGUAUUUUGAUGCCAUCAAGUGCCCAGGAAGUUGAUUUUGAAGAGUCACCAAUAGUAUAAGCUACUCUGAGUAUACAGAAAACCACUUUUUGCAAAAGUAGGAAAAACAAAAAGCUAUGUUUUAGAAAGAAGCAGUCUUAAGACAGCAAUCUGUCAAACUGGGCAAUUUAAAAUACAGAGGCUAGUGUUA